UCCAAUCUCCAAAGUAAGCAGCCUGAGCGCGCACAGCAUCCUACCAAAGCUACGAACACCCACUCAGGCCGGCUUGCAGAACUUGAGAGUCGUGAAAGGAAGGAAGAGACGAACUGAAAGAGGUAGAGAUGGCGGAGACGGUGGUGAGCAUGGCCAGGUCCAUGCUGGGGGGCGCCAUCAGUAUGGCCGCCUCAGCCGCCGCCACCGAGAUGAGCCUCCUCAUCGGCGUCCGCAAGGACAUCUGGUUCAUAAAAGACGAGCUCAAGACGAUGCAAGCAUUCCUCGUGGCUGCCGAGAAAACAAAGAACAAAAACAUGCUACUGAAGGUGUGGGCAGAGCAAGUAAGAGAUCUAGCAUAUGGUAUUGAGGAUUGCCUUGAUGAAUUUAUGGUGCAUGUGGGAAGCCAGAGCCGGUCUCGGCGGCUGCUUAAGCUGAAAGACCGCUAUCGCAUUGCCAGUCAAAUCCGUGAUCUCAAAGCAAGAGUUGAAGAAGUGAGCAACAGGAACGCACGUUAUAACUUGAUCAACGCUGAUGCCUCCAGCAACAUUGAUGAGGUGAAUUCCAACAUGGAAGAUAUUCGUAGCCACUCAGCUGGUAAUAUUGAUGAGGCAGAGCUUGUGGGUUUUGUUAAGCCAAAAGGGGAGUUGAUUAACAUGGUGGAUGUUAACUCGAGAGAUGGUCUUUCCAAGGUGAUAUGUGUCGUUGGCAUGGGUGGUUUAGGCAAGACCACUCUAGCAAGGAAGGUAUAUGAAAGUAAGGAAGAUAUUGUGAAUAAAUUUGCAUGUUGUGCUUGGAUCACCGUCUCACAGUCAUUUUCCAAAAUAGAGAUGCUCAAGGAGAUGAUAAGACAACUUUUGGGUACCGAGUUGCUGAGGCAAUGCUUGAAAGAACUUGAAGAGAAGGCUGUGCACGUAGAGGAUCUUGCCAGCUACCUCAGAGAAAAGCUAGAGGACAUGAGAUACUUUAUUGUUCUUGAUGACUUGUGGACCAUAGAUGCUUGGGAUUGGAUCAAAUCUAUUGCUUUUCCUAUUAGAAACAAUAAAGACAGCCGAAUAUUAAUAACAACACGAGAUGUGGGCUUGGCUGCGAAGUGCACUUCAGAUUCACUCAUCUACCACCUCAAGCACCUGCAAAUAGAGGAUGCCACAAAUUUGCUACUAAGAAAGAGUAGGAAAACAUGGGAAGACAUGAAAAAUGAUAAGAAAAUGAUGGCAGUGGUCAACAAAAUGGUAAAGAAGUGUGGUGGUCUACCGCUUGCUGUACUCACUAUAGGAGGCAUGCUUGCCAACAAAAAGGUAACAGAGUGGGAAAGUAUCUAUAAACAAAUCCCCUCAGAGCUUGAGAGCAACCCUAGCCUAGAAGCCAUGAGGAGGAUAGUUACUCUAAGCUACAAUAACUUGCCGUCACAUCUCAAGUCAUGCUUUUUGUAUCUAAGCAUCUUUCCUGAGGAUUUUGAAAUCAAAAGGAGGCGUUUGGUAGAUAGAUGGAUAGCCGAGGGGUUUGUUAGAGCUAGAAGUGGAGUAAACAUCGAAGAUGUUGGAAUAAGUUAUUUCACCGAGCUAAUCAACCGAAGCAUGAUUCAGCCUUCAAAAGUGAGCAUAGAAGGACAUGUUAAGAGUUGUCGAGUCCAUGAUAUCAUGCGUGAUGUGAUGGUCUCAAUAUCUAGGGAAGAAAAUUUUGUGUACUUGGCAGGAGAUAAUUCAACUAGGGUAGCAGAGGGGAACUUCCGUCAUGUAGCAUACCAUGGUAGUAAGAGCCAAAAAAUAGGCGUGGAUUAUAGCCAUGUUCGGUCAUUAACCAUGUUUGGUGAGAGAUCCAUGGAGCUAUCAACUUCACUUUUUUCAUCUAAGUUGAGAAUGCUUAGAGCCCUGGACCUAGCAGAUGGACAUUUUGCAGUUAGUCAGAAAGACAUCAACAACAUUGGGUCGCUGCGCCACUUGAAAUAUUUGACUUUAAGGCCCCGUCAUUUAUUCUUAAAUAUGCACAAACUGCCAGCAUCUAUUGGGAAGUUACAAGGCUUGCUGAGUUUGGACUUGGGAUACAGUUGCAUUACAACACUACCAACUGAGAUUAGUAAACUUGAAGGUCUCCGCACGCUCCGGUGUAGGAACCAGAGGUAUUCCAAUUAUUUUGACAAUGAAGACAGUUGCGAACGCUGGUUCAAUAUUGUGUGUAUGCCCCUUGUUUUGGCUUCUGAACCUGACCAGCGUGCUAGUUUUUUUGCCGAGCUACCCAUGAUGUGCUCUACCGGUUUUGGUUUUCCGAAGAGCUACGGUGUAAAGUUGCCUAAGGGAAUCAGCAACUUGAAAGAGCUACAGAUACUAGAGUACGUGGAUAUCAAACGAACAAGUAGCAGAGCAAUACAAGAGCUUGGGGAGCUUACACAACUGAAGAAAUUAAGAGUGACGAUAAAAGGGGCCACUGAGAAAAAAUGCGAGUUAUUCUGGGAGGCAAUCCAGAAGCUCUCUUUACUUUAUUCUCUCUAUGUGGAUGGCGAAAAUCUCGAGUGGUUGAGUUCUGUUUCAUUUGCUCCUCCCCUCAUGAGGAGCCUCAAGAUGAAUGGAUCUCUUUUAGAGAUACCCAACUGGAUUGGAAGUCUGAUGCAUUUGGUGAAGCUUAUGUUGUAUUGUGACGGACUAAAGGAAGGAGAAAGAAGCAUGGAGAUGCUAGGGGCACUGCCCAACCUCAUGCUCCUUCGUCUUGGCUUUGACUCAACUAUUGGGGAGAAGCUGGUGUUUGUGGCCGAAACAUUCCCAAAUCUCAGAAACCUUGGUGUGUAUGUUAUGCAUGGGCUGAGGGAGGUGAGAUUCGAGGAGGGCGCUUUGCCCCAAAUUGCAGAGAUACGAAUAUCACAGGGCCAGCUAUCUGUAGGGAUUACUGGUAUCAAGCACCUUCCAAUGCUCAAGGAGAUUUCACUAGUAGGCCAGGGCCAAGUGGCGCAUCUUGGUGUGCUCCAAGGGGAAGUGAACUCACACCCAAACCAUCCUGUGUUGCGACUGUCUAAUAAACUGACACCCCAACAACUGGGUGAUGUCGUCGUCCAAGGAUCAAAUGCUAUACAAGUGGAAGAAGCAAUGGGGGAAUCAUCAGCCAUUCUUUCGGAGCAGGCAGCAGCCGGAGAGAGCUUCUCGCAGGUGCCCAUAGGGAGCGACAGCGAAGAUGAUUUGCGCUGACGACGAGUUUCUGGUUGAUGAUCUCGUUUCUGUUCUGUUCAUUUUGCGCCUCCACCGACAUGCACAUGCUGGCCUCACUCAGGUUGCUGCCUUCUGACGCUACACAGUUACCUCCUGACGUUUCUACGCGGUGGACGGCAGAGGAGUGCCACAUAUCUUGUGGGUAUUGGUGGAACCGAUGCAAUGGAGCAAGAUCAUUUUUUACAGAGAAUUCAUAAAAUGGAUGAUCAAUAUGAUGAUAAGGCCUGCAAUUGUGGAUGCAGACUACUUUCUCUAUUUAAUGUUUUCCCCUUUCCUUAGGUGACAUAAAUCGGUUUCGAGAUUUGGCUGACUUGAUUCCAUCUCAUGCUGUGUGCACACUGAAGAACUCACCCUGCACUCCACUGACUUGCAGGAGGCGGACCGCUCCUAGCACCCGCGACCUAGGGUUUCCGCCCUCCCCUCGUCCGCUGCCGCUGGCCGCCGGUCAGGCCCCCCUCACCCUCCCCCU